AUGGGUCUCAUCCGCCGCCUUUUCCAGAGCGAAGAUGACGAGACAUCGUACGCGCCUCUCGAGGGCGGUUCCGAGCGCCCCGACGGAGAACGAACACACGACGAAGAGCAACGCGAGUACUCGAGAACCGACUACUAUGUCUUCCUGUUACUCGGCGUUGCUAUGCUUUGGGCAUGGAACAUGUUCCUCGCUGCAGCCCCAUACUUUCAACGACGUUUCGAUUCCGAUGAGCGACUCUUACGCAACUUCCAGUCCGCCGAGCUCGCCGUAUCCACUGCAGGCAGUCUGGGCUCCAUGAUUGUCCUUACCAAGCUGCAGGCAAACGCGUCCUACCCUAAACGCAUAAUGUCUUCACUCAUACUUAAUAUCGUCGUCUUCACCCUGUUGGCAAUAUCGACCCGGGCCUUCCUGGGCGUUUCGGCUGGCGCGUAUUUUGUUUUCCUCAUGCUAGUGGUCUUCGGCGCCAGUCUGGCAACAGCCCUGUGCCAAAACGGAGUAUUCGCCUAUGUGGCGAGCUUUGGGAGGGAGGAGUAUACACAGGGUAUCAUGACAGGCCAGGGGAUCGCUGGCGUGCUGCCUUGCAUAGCCCAAAUAGUAUCGGUCCUUUCCGUUCCCCCAAAGCAAACCCAGGAAGGCGCGCCGCAGGAGUCUAGUAAAUCUGCCUUCGUUUACUUCCUUACGGCGACUGUCAUUUCGGCCCUCACCUUGCUCGCUUUCGUGUACCUUCUGUCUAAUCCGCGCUCGCGCGAGCAGUUAAGACCAACUCUAGACGAUGAGGACGAGGUGGACGUUGAAUAUGGAGCCGUUACCCACAAAUCGAUACCUUUGAUGACGCUCCUCCAGAAACUAUUCUGGCUUGCUGGAGCUGUCUUCCUUACCUUUGCCAUCACCAUGUUUUACCCCGUCUUCACCCAGAAGAUUCUGAGCGUCCGGGAUCCUGCAACAUCGUCUCGACUUUUCCAACCCGCCGCGUUCAUUCCGUUGGGUUUCUUAUUCUGGAAUAUCGGUGAUCUCAUGGGGCGCGUCAUUCCAGGCAUUCCAGGUAUGACCCUGACAGCGCGUCCCCGAGUGGUGUUCAUCUUGGCUGUAUGCCGUCUCGCAUUUAUACCCCUUUACCUCUUAUGCAACAUCGGCGGCAGAGGUGCCGUCAUUGGCUCAGACUUUUUCUACUUGUUCGUCGUACAGAUACUUUUCGGCAUCUCGAAUGGGUACAUUGGCAGCAACUGCAUGAUGGGUUUCGUAGAGUGGGUUGAUUCAGAAGAGCGCGAAGCAGCCGGCGGUUUCAUGUCGUUAUGCCUGGUGGCUGGAUUAACGGCAGGUAGCUUCCUGAGUUUCUUCGCGGCUAGUGCUUGA